UCGCGGACGGAUCAGUGGAAUGUCUUUUAGUCGCAGAAGUUUAUAAUUUUGUGUUUAGUUUACUAGUUUUGAGACCUAUUUUGUGUCUAUAUUUGCAAUAAAAAAGGCCAGCUAGUUUAGGGGUACGACUGUUGCUGUCUAAUUUCUAUUAUUGCGACGAACAAAAUUGUUUCGAUUCGUCAUCUCCAAACCGAACAAAAAGGGAAAAAUUUGCAAACGCGAUUAUGUGAUUGCCAUCGUGUGGUCGCAAGUGCGCUUUGUGUGUGUGUGUGAGAGAGGUCGUGAUUCUUUUCUCACUCAUCGUCGUUUUCCGUUUUCUUCGAUUUUGUCGGAAAACGCAACGAGGAAAAAACCCGUCGCGAAUAGUUGCUUGUUGAAAAUCGGUGGAAAUUUUUGUUGCGGUCUAGUACCAGUGGAAAUUUUUGAAAAGUAAUUAUCAAAAGCAAAUCGAUUAGAUUACUUCCAGAUCGGAAGCACCACAAGUAAUAGCAGUUUUUCGGUGUUUCCCGUCCGUGAAGACAGUGAAAAAUAAUAAAAAGCAGCAUACGGAAGGUAAAGAAAGGAAGAAGAAACAGUGCAGUGUCCCCGUCAGAAUUUCGAAUACGGCCAGAGCAUACUGCCGGUGUGUGCGUACGUGUGGUACAACCGUCAGCGUCAGUGUGUUUGUACCCGUGGCCUCGAAGUGAAAAAUAAUGAGUCGCCAUGAAGGUGUCAGCUGUGAUUCGUGUUUAAAAAGUAACUUCCGCGGCCGUCGCUACAAAUGCUUGAUUUGCUACGACUACGAUCUGUGCGCUAAUUGUUAUGAAGAGGGAGUAACCAGCACGCGUCAUUCGGCGGACCAUCCAAUGCAGUGUAUUUUGACGAGAUCCGAUUUUGAGCUCUAUUAUGGCGGUGAAGUGCUAACGCCGGAUCAACCGCAGUCAUUUACCUGUCCAUACUGCAAGCGUAUGGGGCUUAGCGAUUCAGCUCUGCUUGAACAUGUCAGUUCCGAGCACACAGACACCGGACUGGAAGUCGUCUGCCCGGUGUGCGCUGCAUUACCUGGAGGCGAUCCCAACUUGGUGACAGACGACUUCGCUGGCCAUUUGAGCCUCGAGCACCGAAGUGGUUCACGUGAUUUAAUAUCAUUUCUGGAUGAACCAUCUGCCAUCCGACAUGGAGGUGUACGGAGGAUGCCACAUUCAGGACGUGCCCUCGGUGGGCCUCGUUCGAGACGAUCCAACAUGCACUUCAGCUCGUCUGGUGGAGGACUUUCCACACUAUCGCCUUCCGGUCGAGAAUCGGUUGAUCCCAUCGCAGAAUUGUUACAACAGUUGUCCAGCGUCCGACGUGGUGGUGCACCACAGCCAUCUCAAUUGCAACAGCUGCAAAUGCAAAUUCAACUAGAAAGGCAGCAAGUGUCGGCCGCGCGCCAGCAGCUGGAACGAUUGCCCCGACGUCAGCAGCAACCAGUAGUGAGUUCGACGGCCAAUGCUACCGGUGGCAGUAACACUACGGGAAAUGUCAGUACAUCACAGCAGUCCAGUUCGAUUAUCACACUCAACGCCGGUUCCCGGGAUGCACCGAUAGCUUCGUCAUCUUCACUGCCAAUGGUAUCAUCCGGUAUUGGAGCAUGCAACAACAUCCUUGGCAAUGUAUCGGUUGCAGCUGCGGCAGCGGCAGCGUCUCAGCAGCAGUCUCAAUUCUUAAUGGCACGAUUCAUGGUACCAAGCUUGGACGAUGUUGAACUCGCACAACUGGAGCGUGAUAGAGCCGACAGAUCACAGUUUGUUCAAGCUUUAAUGUUGUCAACUAUUGCAAACAUACAGUCAUUUAGUAAAAACGCUGAUGACGAUGUGACCGACGAGUUGAAUUCAUUGAACUUGAGCGUUGGAGGUAACAACAAUAGUGUUAAUAAGAAUUCGAAAAGGUCAACUAGCGAUCCGGAGGAGCAGGAUGGUGCUGUCAAUAACAAGGACGAAGGCAAUUGUGAUAAUCUAAAGCAGGGGGAAAGUGAGAGUAAUGUUGCGGACGAAUUGCAAAGUUUGCAUACCCCACAGGUGCUUCCACGUGGCGGUGCAAGUCAGCAGCAGCAUUCAGGUAAGGGGAAAUCUUCGUCCAAAUCUUUACCAGGUGCUGGAGGUGGUGGAGGAGGUGGCGGCGUUGGUGGUGGCACUGGCUGUAAUGACAGACGCUCGCGUCAGCAGCAACAAGCAGCAAACGCUGCCAAGGCACGCGAGCUAAAGCAGGCAAACUCUUCAGCCAACGCGCCGACAUCGAUGUCGUCGAAACAUGUUCCCGAUCCUAGGUAGUGUUGUAUAGCAAAAAUUAUUUAAAAGAACAGGAGGUAAAAUAUACAAGAAUAAUAUCAUCAAUUGUAUGAACAAUUCAUUAAACUGGCGAACAAUGUAAUGUGCGAAGCGAAAAUUUAAUUAAAAAGAGCACUGCGAAAGGAGGUGAAACUUUAAUUAAACAUAGAUGCAGAAUAAAAUUGCAGACAUAUAUAACAUCUAAGGCAUUAUAAUUAUUGGAAUCAGAAAAUAAAUACAAAAUAUUCAACCAGGAAACAAUUUAUUGAUAAAUAAUAUUUAGGAACAUAACGAGAGUCACCAGAAUGUUCCAAGCUCUACUUAUUCAAUAAAGGACGUACAUUUGUCAAUGUUGAACGGAAAGUAAAUAAACGUUGGAGAAUUACACCUUAUCGCGAUUGAUAAUUUGGAAAAGAACCGUAACUUGCUGGAAGCUGUUCAACAUCAAUAGUAUUUUAGCAGACGCAAUAUCAUUUCAGCAAAUCUUUUGUUUGCUUUUUACAUUAUUGCAGGAUCCUUGAAAAUCAUGGCUUCCUAAUAACAAUUGAUCUACGUGUGGAUUUUUGCAAGGCGUCUUCGCCUUUUUAUAUAUAAUGUCUUGCUACUUUUUUCAAAAUGCGUAUGAUCUAUGUUCGCGAAGGCACAUAUCUAGUGAAAUUGUCUGCCACAUUAUAUUAGCCUUUCUGGUCGAAAUAACAUUAUACCGUGCAAGAACCAUAUUCAAAACAGUGCCUAAUUCUGAACAGUUGCAAUUUUUUCUUAAAUAUUGACUUAAAUAUUGUUAUUUAAAUGGUUUUAUAGUUAUUUAAACCAUUUAAAUAACAGGAAAUGAUCAGAUGUAGUGACUUAAUUGCUAAACUAAACUAAACAGCUAUUUAAGCUGGAAUUUUGACAAUAUUUAUGAAAAAUUUGCAACUGUUCAGAAUUAGGCACUGUUUUGAAUAUGGUUCUUGCACGGUACCAGAUUUUUGAAUUCACACAACCUCCUACUUUUGAGCGAAAAUAUAUUUCCGUAUAUAAUGCAAUGACAUAAUGUUUGACAACAAUGAAACAUGAAAAAAAAGAAAUAGCGAUAAUUUUUAAUGCAGAUAUGAGUAGAACGAGAGUGAGCAAGACGUAGAGUAUGAGUUAUCAAAAGGAAGUAUAUACAAAAUGAUCAAUUUACUCGUAGCGAAAAUUCAUUCAACUCUAAGAAACUGCAAAUGCGUGGUAACGAUUCGUUUGUUUUAAUUUCUGUUAAUUCUUUCCGUUAUCAGUUACAACCUCUCAUACUGACAUACGUGCAAGAUGCGCAAGAAUCGCAGUAUAAUGUAAAAAAUAAUAAUUGAAGUAGUAGGUUAUAAGCAAAAAACAUUUGACAUCAGCCCCAAUAAUUUAGUAACAAGAAAGUUUCCCUAAUUAACGCAAGCCUCUGAUAGUUACGCUUAUUGCAUAAAUAUUGGUUCCUUAAAAUAUGUUUGGCACAUUGAAACAAAGAAAAAACAAUUUUCGUACUAUACAUUAGUCUCUACGAACGAUAUAGAAAUACGUCCUACCGGCAGUAAUCCUUCAAGAUUCACUUGCUCCCUUUUCUUCGUUUGUUUUUAUUUAUUUAUAUUGGUAACUACAUCGGGACGACACUGGAUUUUUCUUAAUUAUUCGGUUCAUUCAUGAAAAUCAUAUAACAAGGAUUAUCAAACAAAAGUAUAUUUACCUAGUGCUUGUAUAGAAAUUUAAAUUUUAAUAAAAUGGUCGAUAAUUACAAAAU